AUGGGAGUGGAUCGACGCGGUAACUAUCGCGGUAAAUGUACCGCAUGUGACUGCGAUGAAUUUGAAUUACCUCCCGUGGAUGACACAAACAUGUGUUUAUUUUGCGGGCAUCAUUCGCCUUUACACGAACGUGUGAAUGAAACUUGUAUUCGUGAAGAAAAUUUGAUGGGCAAUGAAGAUUCUCGACAGACUGUUCCAUUGACUGUGCAAUGUGCCAGCAAUACAGUAUCAGAGGGCAAUGGUACUGUAUCAUAUGAAGAAAAUACUUCGGACGUGCAAUCUGCCAGCAAUCCAAUAGAGCAACAGGACAAUCCAACUACAGCUCAGGAAAAUAAUUCGGAAGUAAGAAUUUAUGAGUGUUUGCUGUGUGGAUUAAUUUAUAACAAGAAAGCGCGUUUAAUACACCACAUAAAUGUAGUACACACACAUAGAUCAAAACACACCAUAAUUUGUUAUUGCCGUAAAUGUAAUUUAUAUUUUUCAGUAUUAACAGAAUUUAAGUCACAUAAAUAUGUUGCCUUACCACUUGCAUAUGAUAUACCAGUAGAAUUACAACAAAAUGAAACUAAUACCGACAUUGACAAUGUAAAUGUAAUGUCAGAUUUGCAUGAAAAAGAACUCAACCUAGCCGAUAGAAUUUUAGAUUUCUGUGUACUUCUAGAGGCAAAGCAUAAAGUUCCUAAAGUAGCAAUAAACGCAAUGGUAAAUUUUCUUGGCUGUAUUGGUCAUGAAAAUGAUAUUUCUUUGUCAGUUACAGAUAGAUUACGUAAACGGCAAUUGUCAAAAAAUGGUGUGUAUCUAAAUCCAAAACAAAUACAUCUUCCUGAUGGCACUAGUGGAUAUGUAAUAUCAGUUAUUGAUAUAAUUCGGAAUUUAGCAAAAUUCAAUGAAAAUUUGUCUUUCUUCAGAAAGAAUGCUCCAUUAUCAGAUAAUCGCAUAACUGAUGUAAUGCAGGGUCAAAGGUACAGGAAUCAUCCUGGACAGGUAGCGCAUGAAAAAAAUAAUAUUGCUUUGUUAUUAUACAACGAUGAUAUUGAAUUAUGUAAUCCAAUCGGCAUGCAUAGAGGUCUGAACAAAAUAUGUUUAUUUUACGUGACAGUACUGAAUAUUCCUGUCCAAUUGCGGUCACGUUUAGCAGCCACAUUUUGUAUAGCUGUGUGUUCAAGUAAAUCCAUGAAAUCUUUUAAAGCCCAUGAAAUUCUUCUUAACGAUUUCAUUUCUGAAUUAAAAAUACUUGCUAGUACAGGAAUUACAAUUCCUUCUGAUUCAUAUGGAGAAAAAUUUUAUGGCUAUUUAUUUGCAUAUCAUGGCGAUGCAUUAGCAGUACAUCAGUUAUGUGGUUUUAAGGAAUGUUUUUCUCCUCUCGUUAAGCAACAAUGUCGAAUGUGUACUGCGUCAAGCGAAUUAUUUCCUACAUUAUCAUAUCAUUAUCAGUGUCCUGUGCGAGAUGAAGUGCAAUAUUAUAAAAUUGUCGAUGAAAUGAAAAAAACGAGGAGGGACAAGACCUUGUAUUCGAAGAAGUCUCGAGAUAAUGGAAUUAAGCGAGAUAACAUUUUUCGAGAGAUUCCUUUCUUUAAUAUAUUCAAAGACGUUUUGUAUGAUCCUAUGCACAUAUUAUUAGAAGGUAUUGUUCCUAAAGAAAUAAGCCUGCUCCUAAAAGCUGUUGUUUCGCAACGUCUCAUCAAGCGUGAUCACCUGAAUUCUCUGAUUAGUAAUUUUAAAUUCCACAAAAGCAUUCCAAGUGGUGAAAAGCCUCGCCUUAUUCCUCAAGAUUUUUCUAUAUCAGGGACCAGUAAAGCAAACUUUACACUAAUGUAUCAUUUGCCGAUUCUUUUGCAUCGUGACAUUCCUACUGAUAAUCAGCACUGGCAGUGUUUUCUUUUGCUAAUCGCAAUUGUUAAAUUGAUAUGGUCACCUAUAUUAACAGUUGAAUCUUUAGCUGCGAUAGAAGUUCAUGAACAUCAAAAUCUGUAUGUGAAAUUGUACCCAGGUCAUUUCUCUCCUAAGUUGCACAUGGGUCAUUCCAUAUCAGAUUUACAAUCAAAAUUUUGAUUCGCCUGAAAAUUUUUUUCUCGUUCUAGAAAGGAAAAAAAAUGACACG